AUGCGCCCAAAUCAGCUCGAGCACAUCUACCACCAGUACAAGCAUGACACCAAGGCAGUCGCUCUAUGGCUCGCCUCCACGGCCAAGAUCUGUGGUUAUCCGGAGGACCUGCUUGCCUCCAAAUCUUGGGGUGUCUUACACUCGAGGCUCGACCAAUUGAAAGAGGAGAAACGAAAGAAGAACGGUCGUGGUCGAAAGCUAUCGCCAUCGUCUCCUCGCACUCAGAGAGAGGAACACAUAUUGGCCCUGGAUGACAUCCUGCCACUGGCCAAAUUCAUCGCUCAACGUACCGAUCCUACCGUCUCUAUGCCCGAGGCCUUCUCGCAGACUCUUGAUAGACUUAUUUCCCUACGCACCAAGUUCAGCCAGAUGAAGACCAUUACCAACACAAAGGCAGAUUCAGAGUCAGAUAGGAAUCAUGGAUUCUUCGUUGGUGUCCUUAAGAAUGUCAGAGAAACUUUGCGACCCGCACAGCGAUUUAGGGGGCGGACAAAUCUCCCUAGGCUGAGUCGCAGGCUGCUGAUGAGAAUAUUCUGA